GGGAAAUGAAGGCAAUAUGUCGUAAAACAGGAAAAACUGAACUACUCAUUAUCUAAUGAUGUGUAGCUCGUCGGGCAGCAUUCCUCAAUCCAUUCAGGAUACCUUUAUAACUUUUGAUGGCAUGUGAAGUCAGUCGGGAACUCGAGUUGCUAACCUCCCGGACUGACACCAAACAGAGCAGCGAUGGCUGUCGAAAAUGUGAGCGCGAUCUUCAAGAUGUACUGCCUGACGGUGAUGACCAUGGUGGCGGCCACGUACACAGUGGCCCUGCGGUACACCAGGACCAUCUCAACGGGCGAUAUGUACUACGCUACAACCGCAGUGUGCCUCGCUGAGGUCAUUAAACUGGUACUGAGUCUGGGGAUGCUGACAAAAGAAACGGGAAGUUUUUCCAGACUGAAGAGCGCUUUAAUGGAACAUAUAUUCUGCAGCCCCAAAGAGCUACUGAAGCUGAGCGUGCCAUCCGUAGUGUACGCGAUUCAGAACAACAUGGCCUUUCUUGCCUUGAGCAACCUCGAUGCUGCAGUUUAUCAGGUGACCUAUCAGCUGAAGAUCCCGUGCACGGCCCUGUGCAUGGUCCUCAUGCUGAACCGCUCUCUCAACCGCCUGCAGUGGUUCUCCGUCUUCAUGCUCUGCGGGGGCGUCUCACUCGUCCAAUGGAAGCCUGUAGAGGCCACUAAAGUUCAGGUGGAGCAAAAUCCUUUUGUUGGGUUUGUCGCCAUCGCCAUUGCUGUCCUUUGUUCGGGAUUUGCAGGCGUGUACUUUGAGAAGGUGUUAAAGAGCUCCGAUACUUCCCUGUGGGUGAGAAACAUCCAGAUGUACCUGUCUGGUAUUGUGAUCACCCUGAUCGGUGUUUUCCUGAACGACGGUAAUAAGGUCCUGGAGAACGGCUUCUUCUUCGGUUAUACGCACUGGGUGUACUUUGUAGUGCUCUUGGCCAGUGUAGGUGGUCUGUACACGUCGGUGGUGGUGAAGUACACCGACAACAUCAUGAAGGGCUUCUCGGCUGCGGCCGCCAUCGUCCUGUCGACUGUGGCGUCUGUCCUAUUGUUUGGACUGCAUAUAACGAUCCCCUUUGCCUCCGGGGCCCUCCUGGUGUGCGUUUCCAUCUAUCUGUACGGACUGCCAAAGUCGGAGACAAUGAGGACGACCCGGCAGGACUCGGACGCAGAAUCCAAACAGAAACUGAUCAAUGUUUGAGCCGCCGAGUCUUUCCUGGGGGGGGGGGGAAAGAGGUGGUCACCUUCUCUAGGGACCUAAAGAGCUCUUUGGAGAUUUGGGAUCCACUUCCGUUAUUCUGCAAAUGAACACUCAGUUGAGUCGUCUUGUUCAUCAGUAAUGUUUCGGUUGAUAUGAAGAAACACACACAUUUGACCAUAAGCUUGCCUUUAUAGCUGGCCCAAUUUAAUUUCUGUAAAUAAUCUGAGGCAAUCAUCAAAGUCUUUAAAUUAAUCUUUAGCCAUGCUGGAGCGAUAAGCAUUGACAGGACUUUGUUACUUUGAUUGUGAUGCCUCAAUAUAUCUGUUUUACGAGGCGUAUAAAUGUAACGACUCCAUAUCAUGUACGUUUUUUUUGUCAAUCAGUAAUUUGUCUGUUUUACACUGUGAAAUGUCUAUGGCCAUAUCACAUAGUGCUACAUCUGAAUGUGCCCGACUCACGGGAAAACAUACUUGAAAAAGGAUGACGACCGACUGCAUGUCUGAUUAUGUUUAUAAUAUCAUCUCUUUACUGUCUUUUAUCUUUUUGUAUCACAUCUGUGUCGCAUUCUGUUUUGAAAGUCAUUUUAAAGCUUUUAUUAAAACUGAAUGGAAAUAGUGGUAAAA